ACAAAAUGGCUCUUUAGCGAGAGGAUGGAUGUCAGCUGUGAAUUACCAAAAAACAGCCAUAAAUUUACUGGUACAGACGAAAAAACGAUUAAAUCCCAUCGUAAGGGAGUCUCCUGUGUUAAAUUUAGCCCAAACGGGCAAUUUAUAGCUUCCUCUUCAGCCGACAAACUGAUCAAAAUAUGGAACUCGGCUGGAAAAUUAGAAGGGACUUUGAAAGGACAUAAGCUUGAAGUUUCUGAAGUUUCUUGGAAUUCUGCGAGUCAGUUUCUUGUUUCGGCAUCAGACGAUACCAGCGUAAGGAUAUGGGAUCUUGCCAGCAUGACUUGUGUUAAGAUUCUUCUUGGUCAUCAAGAUUAUGCCUUCUGUUGCUGUUUUAACUUGAAAACAACUCUGGUUGUGUCGGGUUCAUUUGAUGAAAGCAUCAAGAUCUGGGACGUGUCUGAAGGUACUUGUCUGAAAACCUUAGUUGGCCACAGUAGAGCAGUAACAGCAGUGCUGUUCAGCAGGGACGGGACCCUUGUCAUCUCAUGUAGCUAUGACAGCAAAUGCUGUGUAUGGGAUGUACUGUCUGGCUGUUGUUUGAAAUCCAUCUCAGUAAGCCAGCAGUCAAAUUUACCCAUAUCUCAUGCCACAAUGUCACCAAAUGGCAAAUAUCUGUUGAUGUCAACCCUUGAUAGCACACUUACAAUGUGGGAUUACAAAAUUGGACAAGGAAGGAUUAUCAAAACCUACCAAGGACAUCUAAACAAGGACUACUGUGUAAUGAGCUGCCUUAGCACGGUGAAUGGCAAGUGGGUGUUAUCUGGAUCAGAAGACAAUCAGCUGUACAUGUGGGAACUAAACUCUUGUCAAAUUGUGGGAAAGCUGAGUGGACACACAAAACCUGUAUUAAGCUGUGAUGCUCAUCCAUCAGAUCAAGUUAUUGUAUCAGGUUCACUUGAUAAGAGCAUCAAGUUAUGGAGGUGGUCUUCAGAUGAGCAAGGUGUACUGUGAUCUCCUCAGCUCUCUACAGUUGCUAUGCAGUUUCUUGGAGAAUGUUUGCAAAGGGCCUCCAAAGCAUUGAGAAAAACUGGCUGGAUCUUUUUCAACAGUCAGCAUUUCAAGACCAUGCUCUGUGGCACAGAUUCUAAAUGGAAUCAUUAGCUUAUGUACCUUAAAACUGGACAAAAUCAUUCCCAGUAUGCCCUGGAAGAGAGGAAUCUGGACUUUUUUCAAGGAAGAAAGAUAAAGAACCUCAGAAUGAGUUCAGGUCACAAACUAGGCAAAAACUUUUCAAAAUUUUGUAUAGAUUUUCUGCAUCAUGAUGCAUAUCAACUAGCAAAUUUUCAGUUUUUAUUUAAAUGUUUGGAAAUAUCUCUUUUGGAACUUUGAUGCGCCUAAAGGUGACUUAAACCAAAAAAUUGAUUUUUUAAUGCAAUUGCUGGUAAAAAAAACAAAAACAGAGUUUGUAAUGAAUUCAACCCAAGCAUACUGAAACAAGAACAAAUUUUUUUUUUAGCAGAUAAUUCGUUGAUGAGAUGUACAAACCUAUAGAGAAGUUAGAGAUCAAAUAUCAAUUACAUUUUAUUUUGUAAACAUCAUCUGGAAUAUUUGUGUCUCCUGGCAUGAACAUUUGAGCAUUGCCUGAAAUUACUGGAAUCACUGAAAAAAAUGAGGCAGGAUCCUCAAAACUGAAGGUACCCACCAAGCCAUUGUCAAAGGCAAAGUCAAGACGUCAUUACCUCAGCAAGUCUGUAUAUUUGUGUUUCAUGUCAAGUGUAAAAACAAACAUGAGGAUGCAAGCCAAAAACCACAUGUGGUACACACUGCCUAGGGAACAUAAAUAUUUGACAAAACACAGAACUUACACAAUCUCCAGUUUCUCAAACUUUAUUGGUAACAUUACCAUGGUGUAAAUGCAUGACUGUACACUGACUUCUUCAAUCUAUAAUAAUUUAUUGAACUUUAAACAUAAUUCCAUAGGCGUUCUCUCUGCAAAUAUGCAGUGUACAAAUAUUUAUAUUUUACUCUUCCACAUUGACAAGCAAACUCUGAUACAAAAAGUGACAAUACCAUUUGGUGCCCACCUGAAUUCCCUUGUCAUAAACAACCUAAGAUUCUAUGUGACUAGGUUACAUCCAGCAGAGAAGUCCUCCACAUAGUAAGCCUUUCUCUAAUAAUCAUUUGGUUCCUCCUUUGUCCAAAUAUAUUGAACUAGAAUUUGACUGGUUAGAACCUUAUUUCUCCAGAGGAAAAAACCAAUUUUAUGGUAUACUUGGUUUUGUUGAUGGAUGCAUGCAAGUUACAAGACUGUCACAUACAGUACCUUCUACAAAAACUUUAUUCUGAAUAAGGCAAUUGAGCUCCUCAUUGCUUAACUGUUGAAAUGA